CGACCAUGUCUCUUUCUUCAGAGUAGUAUCAUGCUGUUAUCACGGAAUCAUGGACUUUUGGUCUCGUCUAAUUGGCGGCUCCCGUUCGUUGUCUACUAAAAGCUUUCGGGCGACGUCUCCUACAGAGCGAUUGGCGGCGUUCAAGCGGACGUGCAAUACUCUACAGCAAAUAUGGCGCUCAACCAACACCCCCUCGGGCGACCAGUCUGCGACAACCCAUGCGCGCAACUCCGUCGACCGGCUGAUCUCCGUGCUCAGCGAUGAAUCCCGCGGUCCUGCUCCCCAUCCGUGCCUCGCCUACGCCUCCUCUUCCCAGAUUUUCGUGACGGUCACCAAACUCGCCCUGUCUUCCUACGAUGAUGCCAUGCUGCGUUCCGCAACCGUGUUCUUCAACACCCUGAUUGAUUCCGAAGUCGACGGCGUGGUAGAUAACAGACUUUUCGCACGCGCCCUGGUGGAUCUCGUUCGCCGCGCAGACAAGAGCUCGGAGGACGUCGAGGGGAGGCUCGUCGAGCUGCUAUUCGGCGUCGCCAACAAUAUUCGCUUGCAGCCGGACAUCCUCCCGGCCUGGUUCGCGCCGCGGGGGGAGGAAGACGGCGAGCGGCAGAAUUCAAGCGGGGCCGAGUUUGCCGGUGCGACGAGAAAGGAUGAUUUCCCGUUGUUCUAUCUCCUGGUGGAAUAUGUCCAUCAUGCUGGCCGGGCGGGUGAUUUUGCCCGCACCGGGCUGCUGUAUCUCAUCGAGACGGCAUCUCGAUCCAACGCCUUGGAAAGAUGGUUGAUUGAUAGUGAUCUGGCGACGUUGAUGGCAACGGGCCUGGGUGCGCUUUAUAGUCAGCUGGGAAGUUUGACCUUCACCGAAACGCCGGAGGAAAAGGUCCCGGCUAUCAUCGCGUUGUCAGACCAUGGAAACCAAUACACGGCCCUUCCGCCGUCGCUGGGUGUGACGAUGGACUCGUUCAUGUCGUACCUCCUGUUUUGGCAAGAUACUAUCGAUCAUUGCAAGUCUGCCGAGGUCAAUGGUACACUGCUGGAUCAUUUCCAGGUCUUGUUCCUCGAACAGCUUCUAUACCCAUCUCUACUGGAGUCGUCGGACGUCCAAGGAGGCUCCACAGCUGCGGUCCUUACAUACUUGUAUCGUAUUCUAGAGUCGAUAGAUCAGGAUGACCUGGUGCAUCGAAUCCUUCACUUCUUGCUGGCCUCCCCAACGGGAUUCGAGUCGACGCCGGUGGGUAAAGGCGUGGAUAUGUCCGUCAGUCGACGGAAAUCAUUGGACGUCUUGGCUGCCUUCUCCGAGGAAGCGGCACGACCAUCGCCAUCCCUGUUCAAUCUGAGAGAUUUGGCAUUACUUGGAAUGCAAUCUGCGAACCGCCAAACCGUUCUGGCCACACUUCGAUUAAUGGCAGUCGUUCUCCAAAGACAUCACACCUUUGCUCGAUCUCUUAUCCGGACUAUUCCCGGUCAGCCCGCCAAGCAGCGCACGGUUGGCGCCCUCAACGCAGAACUACGACAAUUCUUAGGGAUGGCGACGUCCAUUCUCGACGAGCCUACGUUGGACGACUCUUUCGAGAACUAUCUGAAGGACGCCUCCUUGAUCGUGGAAUCUCACCUGUGCCUCCCACCAGCCGAGGAUGACGACCCGGAGGAGGACAUUCCUUUCGAAAUCAAACAGGAUGACCCCAUUGUGGAGGAGCUGUUGAACUGUCUGGACAACUUUUUCACCAACAGUGUCAUCGUCAAUCUGGCUUUAACGGAGGUUCUCAUGAGUAUUGCGUCUUCGCACCUCCUCUCCUUGGAUGGCUGGCUGCUCGUGGAUCCUGCCAAAUACAAAUAUGGCCAUCAGGACACGGAAAAUGAACAGACGAAUGUUUUGGACCAGAUUCAAUUGGCCUACGAAGAGCCUGCAUGGUCCAAAUCCGACACCCCAACCCUGACGGGCGUGUUGAAGGGCCUUGUGAAGAAGCUUCAUCAAUGGCGCAAAGAUAUACCGGACUUUGACAUACUCGUCGCAGCCCGGCGAGACCUGCUUCACCAUGGAGACAAGCCGGCGACAACCUCCAGCGGGGCCCCGCGGCAUUCUAUGCCCCCGACCGAUCGAGCCGUGCGAAGUGCACCAUUAGAUGACCUCGGAUCGCCUCGUGGCAGAUCAUCGCGGCCUCUGGCCCAACACAGCGUCGGAUCUUCCCCACGACGCGCCACGGUGGGAGCUCCUCCAGUAGGCUAUUCCGACCACUCCCCGCCAUCUCGUGACUCUUCGGCGUCCCGGGUGACUGCGGCGGAGGAACUCCGCAAACGACUCGCGCAGCCCUUCCAUCUCGACCAGCCAAACAAGACGAGCUCGCCAGAGGAGCAGGCACCUGAUCAAGAAGAGGAGACGCAGGCGGAGGGAGAGGAAGACAAGGACGAGAGCGCAAUCGCCGACGAGGAGCCCCAGGUGUCUACCCUCGGACACGUGCUCACCAACGUUGUGAUCUUGUACGAGUUUCUUCUAGAGGUUUCGGCCAUGGUGCAGGCACGCGGCACUUUGUUUGACGAGGCAGGGUUUCCGCACAUGGAGUAUUAGCCUGAUGGAUUUCUCGUGGGCAGGUACCUGCAUGGAUAUUCGGUUGUAUGUAUGACUUUCGUUGUGAAAUUGUUUGUAGAUUUAUUGUUUAUAUACCUAUCAAUUAUUGUUUAACUGUACUGAA